CUAUCUCAGUUUUUUUACUUUUUAAUAAUAACCAUUCUGACUGGUGUGAGAUAGUAUUUCAUUGUGGUUUUGGUUUGCAAUUUUUAAAUAGUGUUAAGAAUAAUAAUAACCUAUUUCAGUCCUGGUUUCACAGCUCUGUAAUUAUAGGCAAGUUAUACUUCUAGUAUCUGCUUUCUUCCUUUGAAAAAUGAUAAUGAUGAUACCAACUUCAUAUAGUUUUAAGAUUUUUAUAAAGGAAGAGUAUAUAAAGCACAUAGCACAGUGCUUAGCAUAUAGAAAAUACUCAACAAAUGUUAGUUAUCUUCCAUUUUUAUCUUCAUUUUCCUGGUGUAUUUUAAUUCUGAAAUAAUUUGUAAAUUAGUUCUAAGUCACUUUAAGAAAAGUGCUAAUCCCGUAAGAAAUAUGUUUAAAAUAGUGAAUAUUUUCCUGUAGUAAGUCAAAAUAAUCAGAAAUGUUUUUAAUGCCCAUCAAAUAUUUUAGUUUAAUUUGCAUUGUUCUAAUUUAGGUAUGUGUAGCUCAAGCACUUAGAACAGAUUUUUAUAACUAUUUGACCUUUUUUCCAUAUUAGGAUAAAAAGUAGAUAAGCAUGUUUCUAUUUAUUCUAAUUUCUAUACUCUUUUGAGAUCAUAUUUGACCUUCAGUGUUUCUCUGAAUAGAUUUGGGUACAGUAGUGUUAGUUCUGUUGCUUUGUACAGUUAAAUACAUCAAACUCAGCAAUUUUUUGUGGGUAUGGUGGGGAUGGGAGAGAUUCGUAAAUGAUUUCUAACUUCUGUUAAUUAAAAUAUAACUAUGUAUUUUAGAGAGAAAUUAGUAGUCAUAUCACUUGAGUUCAUGAAGACUUGGCAGUUUUUUAAUAAUUAAUAAGUUUUUUCUUCCAAAGAGCAUUAGAUUACUGCUGACUUUUUAGUGUCAUAGUGCCUUGUGGUAGUUUCUUUACAGGGUUUACAGGAGUAUACCAGUUUAUUUUUUCUGUCCUGUCCAUACAAAAUAAUCCUUACAAAUGCUAUAAGGAGAAUAACUUGAGAAGUUCAUAAAUGCCUUAAUAUAUUAUAAAGAUCGGUCAGUUCCAUUGUCUUCUUUUGUCAGUCUUGAUCGGAGCUUGCCGAGUAAGUCUAUAAGCCUGCAUGUGCCUGGCAACUGUUACCUAGUGACAGUUUCAGCUGCAGUAGCCAUUGGCUGUGCUGUUGAUUGGGGCAGGAGGGCCGAGUCACCUUUCUGAUGGUGAGUUUUUCUGCAUCAGCCCAGGAUGAUGAUGAGGAGGAGGGCUUGGGCUCAGGUGGAGGCAUUGAUGCUGAGAGAUUGUGAAGAAUAUACUGACAGCAUCCUUGUAACUGCAUCACAGUAAAUCGGACUUCUGAAUCAAGCAGCCCAGCCUAGCAGCUGAUAAGAGUGAAUGUAGGUGAGAAGCAUUACCUUAUUCCUGUAACAAGAGAACUAUUUUGUGAUAAGUGAAACUAGGAAUGUACAAGAAGAAAUAUCCUAUGGCUAUUACAAAAGCAGAAGGACUUGCCUGAAUGACUUGGUGGUGCACCAGAAAAUAACUUUCAGAAGAAUGCUUUCUAUUAAGCUGCUGCAUUGUUCCUGGAGGAAUUGUUUUUAUUUCUAAUGCAUGUUAUUUCUUCAAAAGAUAAGAUAACAAAGAAUGACAAGAGACUCUCUGAAAUGACUUUACUUUUAAAAAGUACUUUGACAAAUGUUAACCUGAUAUCAGAAUGACCUUGGAAGCAUUUUGGAUGGAUUCUGUCCUGCCAGCCUUGCAAUAUUUCAAACUCUAGGAUUUAAACUCAUCUUGAUACUUUAGAGGUAUUUAAAAAUAAGACUAUCUUGCAACCUACCUAAUGGCCCCCGUAUUAAUUGAGCACUUGCUCAAAAUAGAAUACAGAAAUAGAAGAGGUAUUUUUUAACAUAUGGCUGCUACAUAACUGCAAAUGUAAUAAACAAGCUGAGGUGUGUCACUGCUGAACUGAGGCUGAUGAAGAGACUUGAGCACUCUCUGGGACUCUCAGCUGUGACAGAAGCACUGACACUGUCUACUGAAGCAGGUUCUGAAACACUGAUGUGCAGUGUUUAACAGGACACCUGCUUGCUGUAGCCAAGUCUGCAGGCAUCUUUAAUUUCCAAGCCAUGAAUGAUUCCAGGUGGACUGAAUGGAGGAUCCUGAACAUGAGCAGUGGCAUUGUGAAUGUGUCCGAGCAUCACUCCUGCCCACUUGGAUUUGGUCACUACAGUGUGGUGGAUGUCUGCAUCUUUGAGACAGUGGUUAUUGUGUUGCUGACAUUUCUGAUCAUUGCUGGGAAUUUAACAGUUAUCUUUGUCUUUCAUUGUGCUCCACUGUUACAUCAUUAUACUACCAGCUAUUUCAUUCAGACAAUGGCAUAUGCUGAUCUUUUCGUUGGAGUUAGCUGCUUGGUUCCUACUCUCUCACUUCUCCACUACUCUACAGGUGUCCACGAGUCAUUGACUUGCCAGGUUUUUGGAUAUAUCAUCUCAGUUCUAAAAAGUGUUUCUAUGGCAUGUCUUGCUUGCAUCAGCGUGGAUCGUUAUCUUGCAAUAACCAAGCCUCUUUCCUACAAUCAACUGGUCACUCCUUGUCGCCUGAGAAUUUGCAUUAUUUUGAUCUGGAUCUACUCCUGCCUAAUUUUCUUGCCUUCCUUUUUUGGCUGGGGGAAACCUGGUUACCAUGGUGACAUUUUUGAAUGGUGUGCCACCUCUUGGCUCACCAGUGCCUAUUUUACUGGCUUUAUUGUUUGUUUACUUUAUGCUCCUGCUGCCUUUGUUGUCUGCUUCACUUACUUCCACAUUUUCAAAAUUUGCCGUCAGCACACCAAAGAGAUAAAUGACCGAAGAGCCCGAUUCCCUAGUCAUGAGGUAGAUUCUUCUAGAGAGACUGGACACAGCCCUGACCGACGCUACGCCAUGGUUUUGUUUAGGAUAACCAGUGUAUUUUAUAUGCUGUGGCUCCCCUAUAUCAUCUACUUUCUUCUAGAAAGCUCCCGGAUCUUGGACAAUCCGACGCUGUCCUUCUUAACAACGUGGCUUGCAAUAAGUAAUAGCUUUUGUAACUGUGUAAUAUACAGCCUGUCCAACAGCGUUUUCCGGCUAGGCCUCCGAAGACUGUCUGAGACAAUGUGCACAUCCUGUAUGUGUGUGAAGGAUCAGGAAGCACAAGACCCUAAACCUAGGAAACGGGCUAAUUCUUGCUCCAUUUGAAGAAAGCUAUAGUAAAUCAAAUGUAAUCUGACAGUGGUUUUGGAUCAUAUUCUAGAUUCAUCUGGAAAUUUGCCACCAGAGAAAUAUUUACUUGAAUAGUUGACUAUAAAAUGAAGUAUGAGACUAAAGGUUUCUUUUUUUUUUUUUUUUUUUUUCAUGUAAGAAACUAAAGGGAAGGAUGUAUAGAGGGUUAUCUCAUGAAAUAAUUAUAGCAUGUGAUUAUUAGUGUGCAGUAAUAGGAAAAAUAAGCACCGAGAUGAAAAAAAGUCUCAAAUCUUCUGCAGGACAUGAGCAAGCCCCUCGGCUUGGCGUUUCUUUCUGUCUGACUGUACCCUGCCUCUGUCUUUGUUUCUCAUUUUGUCUUUCUGUGUUCCUCUCACUUUUUGUGGAAGUUAUUACUUACAUAAAUUGCCCUUUGUAGAAAAAAGCUACAUAUUAUAUAUGUGGCAAAGUAUAAUCUUUUGCAUCAAAGUGUACUUUUAAUCACAUUAAUCUACAGUCCAUAAGUGGUCUCUUCAUGGAGGAUGCAAAGUAAGCAUUGCAUUUUAUUACUUGCCAAACAACUCCUUUGUUUGUGUUUUUAUAAUCACUGCGGUAGUUUUUCUGCUACAAACAAAUAGAAACUCGAUUUUUUUGUUUCUUCUGGGUAAAAUGACGUUUGCUUUUCCCCCUUUUCCUAACAAUCUCCUGUUGUUUUUUCUUUUCUCCUCUCUCCUUUUCUUGAUCUGCAUCCAUUGGUACCUUACUUCAGAAGUGUCUUAGCUAAUGAAAGAAUCUACUGUAUAAAGCAUCCAUAAUGUUAAAUAAUUUAUUUCUUCCAGCAAAGCAACCUGGUAGCUUAUUAAAUAUUUUUAAUGGCUUUUGGAAACAUUUUUAUCUGGUUCCUUUUAAAUUAGUUCAUGUGCUUAAAAGUGAUGUCUUUUUUUUGCUAUAGUAAAGCUUUGUUUUUCUUUAGGAAAACCCACUAGUAAUUCUAAUGCUGAUGCAGGAUACUCAUACUCAUCCAGCAGUGAGGUAUUACUCUUAAGGGUAUUUAGAAUGUCCUUUUUAAAAAUAAAUAAAAUAAAACAUGAACCUUUUUGUGUUAGUUCUACGAUAGCUUACUGUGGUGUCCACUAGUCAGUCAUUUGUGUGGUACGUGUUUGCACAUAUUAUAUUUUUUACAGCAAAGAAAAUGUAAAUUAUGUUAUCUGUGCCUAAUGUUUUCUUAGCAAAAUAUAUAGAUCAGUGUUGUUUAAGUUGCCACCAUUGGAAAAAGUAUAUACAAAAACUUAUUUUAAGAGAAAAAUACUUUUGUGUAAUUGUUAGUUAGAUAUUUAUAUUAGACGAAGCUGCAUUUUUAGUGCUGCUGAGAAUAUAAUAUACUUAAUUAUCAAAUACAGGUAAGAGCUGUCAGUAUUUUCUUUUGUAAUGAUCUGUUUUCAGAUGCAGAGAUUAACUUAUUUUUUUGCGUGCUACAUGGGAUUGUGUAAUAAAUUGUCAGGGGUUUAGAUGUAGCAAAGUAGCAUUUGAGGAAUUAGUGAAGCAGGUAUGAGCAGUAAAACAUCUAAAUAUUACUUUUUUACCAUCAGUUUCUUGCCUGAAAGAUAUUUUAAAAUUUAUAUCAAACUACUGAAUAUUUUUCUUCUCAGCAUUUUUUAUUUGUUUUAUGAAAUGCAUUUAAUAAAAUGUGCCUAUGACUCUUCAAGUUAGAAGCCAACCAUGUUUGCACCUUGGUGGUUUGGCUUCAAAGGUCUUUUAGUAGAAAUGUUGUCAUUUUAUUGAGGUUGUUCUGAACCCCUGUAUAUUUUUAAACAUGUAAGAAAGGUUUAAAAUAAAGAAUAAAAUAAUAUUCUAUAUAUCAAAA